CGGGCCGCGCGGCGAGUCGACUCAGAUCAGCGUGGCUCUUGCUCCGCGACGCACGGUUUCCCGCACGCUCCGCUCCGCCGCGGCCGCCCGCUGCCCGCGCCACGCUCGGCACCUGGAGUGCCACCAUCAAGUGUUUUGUGUGCCGCAUGAGUAGACACCCCUUCACCAUGCCGUGGUUCACCAAGUACAUGGAGGGGCUAGUGAAAAGUGUGAACGUGUUCAUCCAAGACCGGACUCGCUGCAAGCAGAGCGGCGCCGGCGUCGGCGCGCCGCCCUCCAGCCAGCGCAAGCCCUCGUCGACGGCGUCCUCGCUGUCGCUGCUGUCGGCGCGCCGCUCCUCCCGCAAGCACGCCCGCACCGCCCUGGAGGUGACCAGCUGCACCGGGCGCCGGAUAGCCGGCCGCGAGUCGGCCCUCGACGCUCAGCCGCAGCAGCCCCGCAGCAAGCGGCUCGCCAGCUCGGCGUCCGCCCCCCGCCUCAGCCUGGCCGAGGAGGCUCCGUCCAACUUCACCGAAGACGACUUCCGCCACCCGCCGACCGUCGCCUACCCCAAAGCUCGAGAGGGCUCGCUGUACUCGCUCCUCCUCGUCGACCUCAAGGGCCACAACAGCCUGCACGCGCGCAGUCACCGCCUCGCCUGGGUGCAGCACAACAUACCGGUAAGCAUCGCGAGCAUU